GGUCUCCUCUCCAUUCACACAUACACACACCACCACACACUAUCUGCAGAUAUCGCAAAGCAGCUAAACUGGAAGAGAAGCCCAUUUUUUCAAAAGGAAGGUAACCGCAAGAGGAUUAGAAGCUAAAGAAAGAAUAUGGCUCUGCCCAAGGUCAAGGAGAUCGUCUCAUCCAAUCCAGUCGUCGUUUUCAGCAAAUCGUACUGCCCUUACUCCAAGGCGGCGAAGAAGUUGUUGACAGAGAUCGGUGCGACUUUCAAGGUCGUUGAAUUGGAUAUUGAAAGUGAUGGAAGCGAGUUACAAGCUGCAUUAGCGGAGUGGACUGGGCAAAAAUCUGUGCCAAAUGUGUUCAUCAGCGGGAAUCGCAUUGGUGGCUGCGAUGCAACGACGGCCAUGUUCAAGGAAGGGAAGCUUGUUCCUUUGCUGACUGAAGCUGGAGCAGUUGCCCAAGCUUCCACCUAGAGGAUGUCUGCUAUCCUGCAUGUUCUUGAUUAAGGAGUUAUAUACGAACAAUAAUAUAAUAAAUAAGGUGUUCAAUUACAUGUUGCUUGUCUAUCUUGUCAGCCGUGUGUUUAAAACUUGGGAGCUAGCUGGUAUGCACGAGGUUGUGAAUAAACUUUGCAUGGGUUCAACCUAAUUCUGUAAACGUUUUAUAUUUCUUGUUAUGAGGUCUAAAGCUCAAUUUGUUCUUAAAAGAUUGCUAGUACUGCUGUUA